ACUGAUCUGUCCAUUCUAUUCAAUGUCUGUUGUUAGGAUGAACUGUUAUUGAAUAAGAAAACGCCUUUUAUUCCCAUCAUACAACAGUGUUGUUGUUGUCCAGCUCGGCACAGUUCUCUAAUGAAGUAGCUAGCUGCAUUUUCUACACGCUACAGUCGAACUACAAUAUCAUGUCAAAGGAGUCUCCCCGCGAGCCGGAGCAGCUACGCAAGCUCUUCAUUGGUGGACUGAGUUUUGAGACCACCGAUGAGAGUUUGAGGGCCCAUUUUGAACAAUGGGGAUCCCUUACAGAUUGUGUGGUGAUGAAAGAUCCAGUCACAAAGAGGUCGAGGGGAUUUGGCUUUGUCACAUACAGCUCAGUGGAUGAAGUUGAUGCAUCAAUGGAAGCUCGUCCUCACAAGGUUGAUGGCCGACAAGUAGAGCCUAAGAGAGCGGUGUCCAGAGAGGAUUCUUCCAGGCCAGGUGCUCACACGACAGUGAAAAAGAUAUUUGUGGGUGGCAUCAAGGAGGACACAGAGGAACAUCAUCUCAGGGACUACUUUGAUCAAUUUGGCAAGAUUGAAGUAAUCGACAUCAUGACUGAUCGGAACAGUGGGAAGAAGAGGGGAUUUGCUUUUGUUACCUUUGAUGAUCACGAUUCAGUUGAUAGGAUUGUCAUCCAAAAAUAUCAUACAGUGAAUGGUCACAACUGUGAAGUGAGGAAGGCUCUGUCAAAGGAAGAUAUGAACCGAUCAGGCCCCAGGGGUGGAAACUUUGGCAGAGGUGGCGGAUAUGGAGGUGGUUUUGGUGGAGGGAGAGGAGGUGGAGGAUAUGGUGAUAAUGAUGUAUACAAUAACUAUGGAGGUAAUGGUGGCGGUUAUGGUGGAGGUCCCGGUGGGUAUGGUGGUGGCAACCGAGGCUAUAGCGGAGGAGGAGGAGGAGGAGGUGGUGGUGGUUAUGGUAACCAGGGUGGUGGCUAUGGAGGAGGAGGAGGAUACGACAACUACAACAAUGGCGGAGGCAGUGGCGGUGGCAGUAGUGGAGGAGGCUAUGGAGGUGGUAACUACGGUGGUGGCGGUGGCGGCGGUGGCAGCAGUAGUGGUGGAGGCGGUGGAGACUACAAUGACUUUGGCAGUUAUAACAGCCAGUCACCUUCCAGUUACGGCCCAAUGAAAAGUGGUGGCAGUUACGGCGGGGGCAGGAGCAGCGGCCCCUAUGGAGGGGCUGGUGGUGGUGGUGGGGGUGGUUAUGGAGGAGGCUCUGGUGGUGGAUAUGGAGGGGGCUCCGGAGGCCGAAGGUUCUAGAUUCUGAGGCUACAGUACUUAGGAGAGGAGAGCCAGAGAGGUGACAGGGAAAGGAAGCAGCAGGUUUACCCUCUAGAUCUGCUCAGCCAAGCACAGUUGUGGCAGCUUUACGUCUGCCACAUGAAGAGAAAUGUACAGUAGACAAGGAAAAAUCAUGUGGAGGGGGAGGGGAUGGGGAGGAUCCUUUUCAACCAGUUCUUGUCGAAUGCUUCCCAGCAGGAUUAUAUGAUUUUGUAGUUUUGUUAUUUUUGUCUUUGUGAAGUGUAACGCAUUCCACUAAGGUUUUAUGUAGGUAUUUUCAUCCCCCCCCCGCACCCAUAGGGGUGUUUUUGAAGAUGUAACCGCUACCAAAUCAAGAUGAAAUAAACCGCUUUUCUGUUGUUGUUUUUUAUUUUUUUUACAUUGUGUAUUUUGAUUGAUGGGUACUGUUGACCCUAACAUGAGGUUCGUAGACCUCAACAGAUGAGUAGAUGGUGUGAAGUGCAACUGAACUGUCGUUAGUCAUUAGAGUACUUGCGUUAUGUUCCAGGUUCAGUAAUACCAGGGUUUUUUUUACAGACAUAAUGUAAUUUUAAAUAUUUAAUUCCACUAAUUUACUUUGCUGAUGGUAAAAAAAACAAUACAAAAAAUAAAUAAUACCCUGCAUACAUACAAAGGUCCAUGGACCUUUUUGCUUUGGAUGGUUUCUCCUCAACAUUUAGCUUUGUUGCGAAUGGACAAAGUACACUUCUCCAGUUGGCUACUAGUCUCACAAUCAAUUGGAGACUAGCUUACACACAAAACUUGAGACUAGUCAUUCAAUUGGAGGAGCCAUUUGAGAGCCUAGCCCAGGAGGAACCAGCUGAGGGAGAGAAGUAGCAAGAUCCCCCGCGAGGAGCCAGUGAAGCAGGGGACAGCAGCAGUCUUGAGUACAGAUGGUUGCUCUUAUAAGACUAGCGAGAGGCAGCUCGAUAAAGGAAGGGGUAUUUUAUAUACCAUGCUGGUAGGUAAGAAGAGAUUUUUGAUCAACUUGUAUUUGUAACACUCACCUUUUGAAUGUUGGCAGUCCAUAUUACGUCUCUUGGCAAAUUAACUAACACAGGCAUUUUAUUCCAGCAAUAUGUAUUUCAUCUUAGUAUAAGUGGGCAAUAUGUUAAUUCGUUAAACUACCAGUGUUUUUGGAUGCCCUAAAACCUGAACGAUGCAAACCUUGAUUGCUACUCUUGUAGAGUUAGUGACUACAUGAGGCUCAAAGUCCUCAAUAUUAAUCACUUGAUUUCAUUACACUACUGUCGGUUUUGCAUGCAAAUCAUUUAAUGUAAAGUCACCCUAUAUUAUAAGUAGCUUUUUUAACACGUCUUGUUGUAUUUUCAGGGCUGUAAGAUGGCCACCGGUGAACCUCUUAUGCCCUUUACCUUGCACAUCUCACCUGUACUUGGAUGACCAGCGGUCACAGGCCCACUCUUGACAUCCUGGUGGCAUUUUAAACGGACAGAAGGGUCAUACAAGAAUGCUGCUGGACAGUUUUUAAACAUUUGUACUAACUUGCAAUAUUUUUUUAUGUCUAUUGAAUAAAUGUUAUUCACAUCUGGA